AUGAUAGUCCUCGUUUGGUCAUUAGUGUCUUCUGUGGUUGAAUUAGCUCGUCGUAAACGACUUGCUUCCUUCCUGGACCGUUUCCUUUCUAGUGAUUUAGCUCAGACAAGUGUUCUUUUAUGUACUCGCACAACAAACAAUGCUGAUGACAACACAACCGAAACAGGCGCUCGACUGGUUCGAUACACCAGCGAGCCACAACUUAAUGCUCACAAAGUUUUAUAUCGAACAGAAAAUGCUCAAGUUUCUAUUGAACAAGCUCAACCAUUAACACUAACCGAUUGGCGUUUCGUGCCUUCCUCAGCUUUCGAGCAAUCUGAAGAACAAUUAGUUUUUUUUCUGGUAAUUCCAGUACGUGUAUUGGUGGAAGAAGACAGCGAUUCCGAACUAACAUGCACAGUAUAUUUACAAUCAAGUUGUGAACGAAUUGCUUGGAAUCGUUUGCGACCUGCUUCAAUAUACGUCUGCCCAGUUGAAAGGUUCGUUGACGUUGUGUACGCGUUUUCGGAAGGAGCCCUUUAUGAAAAUAACAGACAAUCUCUCAUAGAAUCUGUCCAGACUAUAUCAAAAGCUUGCCUGCCGGAGACGAGUGGCUUAGGAUCCUCAUCAAGUAUAACUAAGAAAGCUUUACCAUUGUUGGAACAAUUAUAUUGGGGAGACAGCAAUUCUCUGAGUUCGGGAAGAAAAAGAUUUGUCAGCGAACAAACUUUGCUACCGGGAUCAUUCGGCUCGCUACCCAGACAAUUGCAUAUAUCUCCACGUCGACGACAUCGCUCUUGCAACUACAGCUCUUCAUCUCUGGCUUCAACACCUCGAAAGGCUACAAUUACAUUGUUCGGAGAUUUAGCGGAACAAUCGUUGAAGUUCUUCGAAAAUAAUCAGCUACCACCAUACCUUCGUUAUAUUGAUAAUCGCGAUCGAAGAAUAACAUUGAACAACAAACCGGCAACUGAAAACAUGAGCCUUCCAUCUAGUAAUGGAGUGUCGCCUUCAAUAACAAUCGAAGAGCUUGACCAGCGUAGCAGUUGCCGUAGCGAAGAUGAAUCUGAUAUACCGUUUGUGGAUGAUUCUACUCUUACAUCACCUCAGUCAACAGUUGAGAAAUCAUCCUUCGCAACUGUUAUUCAUCGACAAGAAAACCCGUGGUCAUCAAGAGAUCUAACAAAAUCUGAAUGUGCUAAGAUCAUCAGUGGAAUAGAAACCCUUUGUGAAGAAAAGCCAUAUGUAAAUAAGAAUGAGACGAAUAUAGAUUUAUCAGACAAAGAAAUAAAUAAAUCAAUUGAAGUAAUGCUUAACCAACACAUGGAGAGUCUGAUAGAUAAUCACGAAGAUUCUAAUAAAAUUGGAAACGGCAAGAUUAUGGAGAACAAUGGGCAUAUUCUGCCCAUUCAGGAGCAUCUUCCUCCUUCUGGCUCAUCAGCUACACAGCCACGUCGCAGUCCUCAACGAAUUUCAACAACUACCACUGCGGCUAUGUCUCGAUCGACGAAUGAGAUAAGCAGACGACGCCAUUCCGCCAUGCCCGGCACGUCGUAUUUAGAUUCAGACGAUGAGCAUUCUGCCCGCUUCCGUUCUUUGAGUCCUAUCCAUCACAACUACUAUCAUCGAAGGUCAAUCAGUGGACGCUCUUCAGACAUCCUUUUUGAACGACAAUCGUUCCGUCGGCCUUACACUCCCACACGAAAGUUUCUUUCAUCAAAGGCUCCGUCCGACAGAGCUAUGUUCAAGCCGCCGUCCAUUCUUGUUUAUACGGGACAGCAGCAAGAUCUGUUUCGACGUAUUCGGAAUAACUUGACUCGUAUUUUGCCUGAAAAUAAGUACACCGUGUUUAAUAUUAGUGCUGAAGCUAUCAAAAAACAGCCAUGGAUUGAGCCGACGACGUCAUGUCUCGUCAUAGCUGAUACAAAAAACCUUGACGAUGCAGCUUGGGCUAAAAUGCAAACAUACUUCAAUCAAGCUGGAAAAAUCAUUUUUGUUUGUCAAAACAGAUUACUUGCUAGUUUGACUGAAUGUGAUUCCACGAAAAAGCAGGCGGAUAUUCUACGAAUGGCAUUUGGCUCGCGUGACCUAUCUAUGGGAAAGGAAUUUGAACAAUUUCUAAAGAAGUCACUCAAAAGCUUAACCAAACAUGGACAAGUUAACGAAAAGUUUCAUUCUAAAGACUUGAUUGGAGGCUUAAGCUAUUCCGUGGUGCUGUCCAAAACUUCAGAAUCUCCAUUGUUUUUGUAUAUGCAAAAUAGUGCUCAUCAAGCUGCUGCUAUUUUCUCCGACGCCACUUCGGAGCAAUUAUUGGCUCCUGGCAGUAAGAUACUCUCAGAAUCUUUAUCGAGAAUUGGGGUGACCGUUACUCUCAGUGAAAUUCCUGCUUUAACCAGAGCACACCUUGUAGCCAAAGAUCAGAACACCAUAAAGAACCUACAGGGUGUGCGUUAUGGUGAAGAAAUAGGAACAGCUCCUAAACUGUUUUUGAGGACGGCUGAGAACUUCAGAGAGAAUGGUUUACCAUCGGCUACUGAGGAACUUGUUCCUGUCAUAGUUGGCGAAUCAGAAGAUUCAGAGUCAUCCUUUAACUUCAAACGAUUCUUCGAUCGUUUAACAACUGCUCGAAUAGGACAUGUUUGCAUGCACAUCCCUGUGGCUACAACUACUAUGGAUGUGUCUGAUAGUUUAUCGGAUGCCAUUCCAACUUGUGAUAACUUUGUAAUCAUUGCUGGACAACAAGUUAGUGGAAAAGGAAAUGAGUUCAUUUCCCCGAAAGGAGCGGCGAUGUUCACAUGUUCUGUUACUAUAACCAAAGGAUGUUUGCUGGCACAAAAUCCUAGCUUUGCGCAACAUAUUUUCGCAGUUGCUAUUGCAGAUGCCAUUUGUUCUUUGAGUGGUCACGAGGAUUUUCCUGUCAAGAUCAAAUGGCCAAAUGAUUUCUUCUUCAAUAGGUCGCACAAGCUGGGAGGACUACUGGCUACUUGCCGAACAAGGGAUGACAGUUUGUUCUUCACUUUAGGUGCUGGUAUAAAUGUCACAAAUUCUCAACCAACAGUUUGCCUGAAUGACAUUGUGCCAGAAGGGGACAACAUUGAGUUCACAGUAGAAGAUGUGAUCGCCGAAUGUUUGAACAAAUUUGAAUAUUGGUUGAGUAUGUAUGAGUUGCGUGGCCAAAAUGAAUUCUUGAAGAAAUACUAUCAGUACUGGUUACACAGUCGAGAGGAAGUUCUUCUGGAAGAUCACGGAGAGAAAUGCAUAAUAAGAGGUUUAGAUAAAUACGGGUAUUUACAAGUUAGAAGUAAAACAAAUCCAAACAAGCUUUUCUCCUUGGGCGAUGAUGGAAACACCUUCGACAUGAUGAAAGGGCUGAUCAGACAUAAGAUUUGA